GGGGGGGGGGGUCCAAUGAGAAGAAAUGCAGGGGGGUGUGCGGCUGUGAUUUCAGGAGCGGACCUCCUUCCUCCGCUCCCCUCUCCCUCUCGUUCCCUCGCUCGCUCGCGCUCUCUCUCUCCCCCCCAUUGCCACGGCAACGGAAGAGUCAGACUCCUCGGUACCUUAGAGCCGACUUGGGAGAACCAUCCUCCACGAGCGCAACAAACAGAAGGACAUCCAGACAUCCACAAGGGACGGGGGGCUGCGGGUGAAGCGCCCCUCGCUGUUGGCGGAGGGCAGAGGGGAGAGCACCAGGAGGAGGUGGGUGGGGGUUUUGAUGGGGGGUGGGUGGAUGAAUGCUGCUCGAACCUGAGCUGCGUGGAGGGAAGGUCUACCUCAGCAGCGGCAGCGGUGCCGGGGCCGAGCUCCUGCCCGCCAGCUUGUCGUCCUCGCCGCCGCUCCUUGUGAUGUGAAUACUAAUGACUCAGAAGGAGCCGUCACUCCCGACACCGCUUCCUCCCGCACGUGCAAAGGAUUGUUCUUACAGGUCAGCAUCAGAGAGCAGCGGGGCUCUGGCGAGGGGAGAGCCCACCUCUUGCUUUGUUAUGUGAUCCAGCUCCUGCCAUCGUCUUGCUUGUGCUUUUGAAAGCUAUUCUUCUGGACAAGGCGUCCCCUUCUACGGCGAUGGCUCAGCAAGGCCCAGCCCCGUUGGAUCUGCGAGAGGAGCAGCGGACGAGCCAGCCGCCCUCCCAGAGUUCCCCACGGCAGGCCUAUGGCACGUGGUGGGAGAAGUGCUGGAAGACGGGAUUGAUGGUUGGCUGCAUUCUCAGCCUCGGCGUCUUCUCCCAGAUUGUGGGAGUCUGGGUCCUGUACAUGAUGAAUGGAUAUGGAGCUUUCCCAGCAGCCCACAAGGUCCUGGACCUCAUACAGUACCUGCUGUCAUCGCUGGGGGUGCAAAAUUCUCCCGAGGAAGAGUCCUCACAGAAGGAGCUCUGGAAGAUGGAGAGUUUGUGCCCAUUGCUGGCUACCUUCUUCCUUGGUGUUGUCAUCCUGGGCAUCGGAGUCAUCUACUGUCUCGGAGCACUGGCUCCCAGCAACCCCCCGGCCUUCCUAGAAGACCGACGCCAGUCCGUGAGCCGCCAGCCCUCCUUCACAUACUCGGAGUGGACUGACCCUCAGCAAGAAGACUUCUACAGUGGAGACCCUGUGCCAGAAACCCCUGUCUUUGACUGCUUCAUGGACAUGAAGGCUGAGAGUGACCCGGCAACGCUUACAGUGAAGCCGGUGGGCCUGCAGGAAAGGAGGGGCUCCAAUGUGUCUCUGACUCUGGACAUGUGUACGCCCGGCUCCACGGAACCCUACGCGGCCAUGCUGUCGCCCCGAGAACAGUCUACACAGGAGUACCUUCAGAAGGCCUCCAAUGUCCUGACGGCUGCUGAGCUGCACGAACGAGCCCUAGACGACGCCGCCCUGCAGGCUGAGUUCUAUGAGACUCCUAUGAAUUUUGUGGACCCCAAGGAGUACAACAUUCCAGGAGUGGUGAGGAAGAAUCGAUACAAGACCAUCCUUCCAAACACACACAGCAGAGUCUGCCUCAAAGCAACAGACCCGGAUGACUUCCUCAGCACCUACAUCAACGCUAACUACAUAAGGGGUUACGGGGGUGAGGAGAAGGUCUACAUCGCCACACAAGGGCCCACAGUCAACACCGUCAACGACUUCUGGAGAAUGGUGUGGCAGGAGCGCUCGCCCAUCAUCGUCAUGAUCACCAACGUCGAGGAGAAGAACGAGAAAUGCGCUGAGUACUGGCCAGAGGACAGUGCGGUCAAUGAGGGAAUUGAAAUCACCAUCAACAAAGUGAUCCAGGCUGAUGACUACAGUCUGAGGAUCUUCACGUUGCAGUGCGAGGGCGAAACACGUAGCCUCAGACAGUACUGGUACACGUCAUGGCCGGAUCAGAAGACUCCGGACAAAGCUCCGCCCCUGCUGGAGCUCGUACAGGAAGUGGAGGAGGCGCGUCAGCAGGCUCCGUCCGGGAGCGGUCCUGUCAUCGUUCACUGCAGCGCAGGAAUCGGACGAACUGGCUGCUUCAUUGCCACUACCAUCCUGUGUAAACAGCUUAAGAAUGAAGGUGUGGUGGACAUACUGAGGACUACCUGUCAGCAGCGUCUGGACAGGGGGGGCAUGAUCCAGACCUGUGAGCAGUAUCAGUUCGUUCAUCAUGUUCUCAGCCUCUACGAAAAACAGCUCUCACGUCCUGCAGAAGAAUAGAGUGGCCGUCAACUCUCCGGAGCAUCACUACGAUAGCAUCUGCUCUGCUAGCACAAGGACUCAUCCGGUGGCACCUUCAGCCAUCUCCACAUUUCAGAGAACUCAAGAGGCCUUCAGGGAAAAUCAAGGCCUAGAACAGCUUCGCGUGGCGUUCCAUCUCUACCCAGUCUGUUUCCCUUAACCACGGCGGAGAUGUCUGGGGCUUGAGGUUCUGAGGCCUCUCUGUACAAGCACAAAAAGUCCAGCUUCCAGCCUGAAGUUCAGAUGCGUCAGCAAAACAUACUUGCCAACUGCCAACACCACAGUGAUAGAAAUUUCAACAGUUCUACAGUUUUCUCCAAACUUUCCAUGUUAAAGGCCUGACUGGCGAAUGUUGAGCUUCACAAAGCCUUUCUUCAUCUGAGACAUAUAGUUUCCUGCCCGGGAGUUAAGGACGUCAAUAAUGUUGACUUCGGUAUUGUUCUACUGUGGACUGUGGGAAAACUCAGAGCCUGAUCAUCACCACUCGUGAGCAACGAGCAGGGCGCAUAAACUUUCGAGUUGUUCGAGUCGAGUUGUUGGGGCUGCUCGAUCUUAUUGGCACGAGAUGAUCUGCUCUCAGAGUAGACCAGAACCUUGGACUCAGGGCCAAUGCGCUGAGGGUCUGCAGGGCUCAUCCUCUCUACGAAGAAAGAGUAGUUCUUUGAAGCAUGACGAAUAUAUACCCAUGUUCAUGAGUGUCUGUGCUUGUCGAUCAGUUUUUCGAUUCACCGUUGAAAUCUUUCAACUUCUGACGUUCGCUACCUGUGAAGGGACAGAAUGGCCGGUGACAGACACCUGCUUACGGGACCCCUCUUCAACCAGGGGUCCAAAACAUGCCAGCCUGGGGGUUUAAGAAACAGCUCGGUUCUUAAACCUUGAACUAUCCCUUUGCCCCGCUGUUGUUGAAUGUAUUCCAUGCUCAAUAGGUAGGGUUCCCAUUUCACCAGCUGCUGACCAUGAGCUGCAACUCAAAACCUGGACAGCUCGCAAUGUAGGAGGUGUUAAGAGGCAGGUUAAUUCAGCACAUCUAUUUUAUACGCAAUGGCCUUAUCCCAUGUCUGUCUGUCUGCUCAGCUCUGUUCUGUCAGAGAUUCGCUAUCCUCUAGCAUCUCUUUUAACGUCUCUCUCGCACUCCUGUCAAAACUGCAGAAGAAGGUGUCCGCUAAGUCUCAGCCUUCGUUUCAUCCGCUUGGUUUUCAACAGGUGGCACUUCCUCCUCAAGCAUCACUCAUACUUGCUGUGCAGCAACAGGGAGGUCCUCCACUUUGUGGUUCCAACCAAUCCAAGGCAGCUGUGGGUAUGGAUCUACCUGGGUUCUUAUUGCUUCUUCACAGAAAUACUAUUCUUUUUGACACCAUAAUGUUAAUAACAUGUAUACCCGCGUAUGAAUGUAUGUAUACUGUUUGUUGAUAUUCCACUGGACUCUGGAGUACCCAAGAUGCUGCAUCUUAAGUUUACUACACAACGAAAAUGCCGGUAUACUGUAUAUCAAGCUACUGUUAAUCGUGUAAAUAUGAUCUUACUUGUCCCUUUCUGAUUGUUGUUCAAGGCAACAGUUGACAUAUUUGGUAGGGAAAUCACUCUUCAUACCCAGGUGUCAUUUGGCUGAAGAGGUUUAUUUGCAUUUUUUUAUCCACCCAUUGUAAUUUCCUGUAGGACCUGGAUUUUACACCAAAAAAUACGUUUUUUUUUUUUGCAGCUGCUGCCGCCUCAAGCGAUCAGUUAUCUUUGCUCGGGUUUGUUUCAUGUCUCCGUGCAAAGGAUCAUAAGCAAGCAGUCGCCUUUUUUAUUGUGUCUGUGUGCGCGGCUGCUUUUCCAUCAACAUCCUGCGCUUGUGUUUGCUGCCACGUGUGUGCCCACAUUCGGAUGAGUCGCGGACAUUUUUUGCCCUUUCUCGCAAAUACAAAUGACUGCCGAAGUCAUAAUUGCAAAUUCCCUUUGCAAUAGAACUGGCGUCCAUAGAAAGGGAGAAAAAAACACUAAUAUGAGCGACCAUCUGUGCAAGGUCUGCGAUUUGGGUUUAUAGACGUUCGAUUUUAUCUCAGCCCAUGUAAGACAGUACUGUAGACAGGGAUUUUUGCGCAUAAAUGUGCUUUUUAACCUUUCUGAUGGGCAUCUCGCGUAGACGAUAGCUAGAAUUUAUGUAACUGUUACAAAAAAAGAUUUUUUUUGUGCAGGUGGAUAAUGGUGAUUAAUAAUUAAAUUAACAUAAAUUCUUGGGAAAAAUCACAUGUUUUCUUUCAUUGUAGCAUGACGGUUUAAAGCCAUCGAUACAGUUUAGCACCGACGUUGCAGGAGCUCCCCGAGACGUGUCCGGAAUUAGACGACCGCAGCCAAAACAUCAAAAAACAGAAAGUCGCUGUAGAGGAGGCAAAACAGUGAGAUUGAACCAGCUGACAGGCAAUCAAAUGGCAUUAUAUCAUUAGCUGUGAAGCAAAAAACACUCCUUAGUGCUCCACCGCCUGCAGAUGGUCUGAUGAUGGUCGGAUGAGUCAUCUUCAAGAUGAAAAUGGACACUCCCCCCUCCCCCCCUUGUCGAUGUCCAGCUCUCGGUCCCAGUCUGGCUGCCGCUGUGCCACUCGCAUCAGUGCCCCCCCAAUGCCUCCCUCCCAGGACCCUCCAUCUGUCCCGCCAAUCUGCGCCCACCAUGGGGGAUUUGCCACACGCACAUCCUGCCUCGCUCCUCUCCUCCUCAGACACGAACGCAACGGCAGCGCUCUCCAUUUUCUCCGGCAGCUCCAUCUCGUGUACCCCACCGUUAAGCCGCGCUCCGUUCCGCACAGCGAGCCCGUCGAUGGCCUGACACUUCAUAACGUCAUCGCUUCGUGAAUGGCAAAUUCCUUCUGUAAUCACACGCUGCAAUUCGCAAUCGUUCGUUUUUGCAAAUUCCCCCAAAUUGCGCGAAGGUCCUCACCUCAAGAUCGUUAGGAUUCGAUGUCUGCGGCCAGAGCUGAGAGGCGGUUAUACUGUACAGCGCCCAUGAGAAGUUGCACAAAAACUAAGCUGUGAACACUGACUGAAGGUACUCUUUCCGUCAUAAGACAAUCAGGUCUUUCAUAACAGAAUUCAGCCACAAUUCAUUUAAAGUAAAAUACAAACAAUAAUUUCAGUUCCGUUUGAUUCCGUCAUGAACUGAGCUGAAUUAAAAUGAAAACAAAAAAAACUGUGCUGUCAAGGCAAGAGAAGUCCUUUAAAGCUUCUAGUCUACAACUGGCAGUUUUAUUAUUUUAAACACAGGUUUCUUUAUUACCUUGCUUGAUUAUUUAUGUACUUGAAGAGUUGUCCAUGACUCAGAACCGUAUCCGUCAUACAUGGAAAUGAAUAAGGAAUUCCUUUCUAAUUCUAAUUUAUAAUUUUUUUUUUUUUUACAUCUAAAUGGUGAAUAUAUUGAUAUUACAGUGAUAUAUUUAAAAAAUAGGAUCAGCUACUUCUAUAUUGUUUUGGUUUUCUUCGUUCCUGCAGUACAUAUAUAAAAAAAUAUAUAUGUAGCAUAAAUAUAUGACAACUGCAUGCAACCCUUACAGGUCAGGCCUCACCACGUAUAAAGCACACUUUUACAGGCCGGUUUCGAACAGAUGACAGCCAUGUUACUCCUUUAUUCCCAUUUGAAAUAUAACUGCACUGAUUUUAGACACUUGCAUGCGCAAAGUGAGUCUACAGGCUUGAAACUGGCCGUCAUGCUUUCUUCAUGGCUGCACCACACUUUCUCUCACCAUGUUUUUAUACUUUGUUAGUUUGCGCAAAGCAGAUAAGUCUUUGAGAAUAAAUUCAUCCAAAAAAGGGCAAAGGCACUUUUGCUAACGAUGCAGUUGCGAGUCUUUCUACCGCAUCGCUGUCGGUUUCUCUGGGCUUACGGAGACUGACCGCGGCUCGGCUUGUUUCUCCGUCUCCUGGCUAGUUUGACUGGUUUAUGCUCACGUUUAUAAAUUACUCAUCAUAUUUGUGUCCUUAAAACCACUUACCCCAUCACGACAUGUAAAAAUGUUGACCUCAUAUACAGGUAUUCAGAGCAUGUUUACUUCAUACUCCUCUUAUACUUCUUAAAAGUUUGAAUUACCAUGGAAACGUGUUGACAAAAACGACUAUUUUUUUGAAAUCGCAGUUGUUUUAUACCUUGAAUGAGAAUUUCACAAUAGAUUUUUAAUCAAAAGGUCUCUUGAUAAAAGUAGUAUAGAAGAUUAAUUGACUCAUUGCCCUUUUUAAUUUCGUUCAAAGUGUAAUUUCAUAGAUUCCUUUGUGUGUGUGUGUGUGUGUGUGUGUGUGUGUGUGGGACCAGGGGAUUAUGAGAAAUGUGUGAAAGUUCAGGACAUUCUGUGUAAGCACUGUACAAUUAAGCGAUCUGCGCACUUCAUAAGAAAACAAAAGCCGAGCGUGGACAUGGGGAGGCAUUUAAAUGCCAUUUUAUGUGUUUAAAAAACAAGAUCCCAGCUUUCAAGAGGCAAAAGAGCAUUGUGUUUUAUUUUUCCACUUUUUAACUCUCUUUUUGUGUUCUGUUUUAACUCCCACAACCGGAUUACAUUGUUCCUGAACCAAAUUUAUUCAUACUGUGCUAUUCGCUUUUUAAUGACUGAAAAAGGACCAGUGUGAGUUGCCUUAAUUGGUCAACGAGACGUACUAAUAACUGAAUUACUAAAUCUAUAUUUUCAUAUGAAGAGGCAGCUAUACAAAUGAUUGUACAUUAUUUUGUAGACUUGCGCUCAGCUUGAAUCAUGCAAUCAUUGCAUGUGGCUUUUUAAUCGAUAAUUUGGGUUUGUUGAUCUUGUCCGGAAAGUGACAAUAAUUAAGUUGUUGAUGAUAGAAACUGUCAUACUGUGUGUUUUUGGACCUGUCCAACCAGCAAGGUGGCAAGGAUUUAAUGUUUUUCCUUUCUUUCUUUCUUUUCAGAAAUUAAUAUGGGUUGUGUUUUGCAUCGUAAUAAAAGCAAACUUCAGUUAACAUAUGCUGUAUCUUUGCUGAGAUUUUACGCAGUUAUUCAUUGUAUUUCCAGCGUUGAACGUUAUUGAACUGAAACGACUGCCUGCAGUAUUUUGUGGCUG